AUGCCUGAGGAGGUGCGGCUGCUGCAGCAGGCUGACGUCAUUACGGAUUACCCAACCCAUUUGCUGCGAGCAGCAGAAGAAGAACUCAAAGACUAUUACCAGCAGCUGCAGAAGUGCAACGCUUUCCUCAACAAUUUGAGUUCGGAAACAUCUGCUGAGGAGAUUGAGGCGGUUGAGAAUCGUCGUUUUGUAUUGGAGUUAGAUGUAUUGCAUGCACUGAGAGUGCUGAAGGUAUUUCAGCAGACUCGCCAGCAUUUGUUAGAUAAAAUGUCUGUUAAAGUUUUGGGGCAAUUCGAUGCUUUCGAUGAACAAACACUUCUUAAACUAUCAGAUCAUGAAAAACAAUAUCUCAGAGAUGCAUGUGCUGCUGAACACAGCAGAAGAGAUGAACUCAAUGCAAGAAAUGUUGAAGACAAAAACGGAAAACCAUCAGCUAUAGCAGAUGUGGUGUUUGAGAAGGAAUGUCUACUGGAGGACCCCUGGCACUUUCGUUUGCUGUCUUCUUCUGAGGAGGCAGAAGCAGCAGCAGCAACAGCUGCUGCUGCUGCUGCUGCUGGUUGCAGCAACUUCAGCAACUGCAACAUUACUUACGUUGCAAAAGGCACCGUCAGACGCCUGCCCCUGUACAGGGCGGUGCAGCUGCAAGCCAAGGGAAUCGCCAAAGUGCUGCAGGUAACAGAUCAUCAGUGGCUGCAUCAAGACUCUGCUGCUUUCCAGGGACUCAUAUAG